AUGACCCAAAUUCCGACUAUCGACGGAAAGGUGUCUUACCGUGAAAAAGUUGACAUCCCAAGGAUACAGGAUAGGGCGCUGCAGGUGCUCGCGGAGAUGAUUCUCAGCGCCUCGGAAGACGACGUACCGCCGCGCAGCCACACCGGAGGAAAGAACCAUGACUUUGGCGACUCUCUAGCCUUCCGGCGCGAGAAGGAGUUGGCUCGCAAAGUGAGUCAACUUCGAUCCGAAAAUGAAUUCGUCGGCUCCAUUGGUGGCACGUCGCAUUCUUUGGAGAUUCACGGAACGAGACUGCCGAGCUUGACCUUCGCUCCAAUCAGCAAGCAGCUAAUAAACGGCAACACCGAGCUAUUUUUCGGGUUUUCUAUGCAGGAUCGGGCCAAUGUUACCCUACGUCGCUCUACAAAGUACUGCUCACCUCUGUGGCGAUGGUUUCUUUGCGAGACGACGCGGCUGGUCGUGGACAAUGAAGAAUUCGCCAAGCCUUGCCUCGUCACAGUUCAGGCGCUGGCCUUCAUGCCUGUGAGAGAUGCAGGCUGCGGCGGUGAAGCCAAAGGUUGGGUGUAUAGCAGCAUGAGCUUUCUCAUGGCUCAAGACAUUGGCUUCAAUCUCGAGGCUACAGAAACUGGUAGGGAGUACAUGCAGCAGAUGAGAUUGACGCCCGAAAGAUUACCUGCUGGGGAUGCUUCGUCGUCGAUAAAAUGCUGGUCCAACCUCUUGGGCAGAUUACCCCAGCUUCCCGAAGCUUAUUGCAGCGUUUCAAAGUUUGACGUUUCUCUGGCGGAUGAAGUCAGCUGGUCACGGUAG